UAUAAGCUGCUGUAAAUCUGCCUUCAUAAGCUCUUCACUUUCAGCUGUGACUCGGCGACAAACAUGAGCUACAAUUCUUCCUCCUACCGGAAGAUUUUCGGAGAUUCCAGCAGGUUCUCCGCCUCCUCCUCCCGCCUGGGAAGCGCCGUGCCUCGGACCUCCGCGGGGCUCAGGUCCAUGGCGGUUUCCCGAAGCAGCAGCACCUCCGUGGGCAUGUACAGAAGGACGGGCCAUUCGCAGACCCCCUUCUCUCUUGCGGCCUCAGACUCCCUCGACUUGAGCCACACCUCAGUGGUCAACAACGAACUGAAAGUCAUCAGAACCAACGAGAAGGAGCAGCUGCAGGGUCUGAAUGAUCGCUUCGCCAUGUUCAUUGAUAAAGUCAGACACCUGGAGCAGCAGAAUAAAGUACUGGAGGCUGAGCUGGUGACACUGCGGCAGAGGCAGGGCGAGCCGUCGCGGGUGGCUCGUCUCUACCAGCAGGAGAUGAGGGACUUGCGGUCCCAGUUGGACGAACUGAACAGGGAUAACAGCCACAUCCUGAUCCAGAGGAACAACAUGGAAGAAGAGCUGCAGAAACUCAAUGCAAAGUAUGAGGAGGAGUUCAGAGUACGGGAGGAGACGGAACAAACCUUGAGGUCCUUCAGGAAAGACGUGGAUGACGCUGUGGCUGUUCGUCUAGAUCUGGAGCGUCGAGUCGAAUCACUGAUGGAUGAAAUCUCCUUCCUGAACAAAGUCCAUGAAGAGGAAAUCCAGGAGCUGAGCAGCUUGAUGGAGGCGCAGCAGGUCUCGGUGGAGCUGGAACUUGCCAAACCGGACCUCACCUCGGCCCUGAAAGAGAUACGCAACCAGUACGAGUGCAUCGCCUCCAAAAACCUGCAGUCAGCUGAGGAGUGGUACAAGACCAAGUUUGCCAGCCUCAGUGAACAGGCCACUCGGAGCAACGAGGCCAUGCGGGCCAGCAGGGAGGAGAUGAAUGAAUUCAGGAGGCAGCUGCAGGCCAAGACCCUGGAGAUUGAGACCCUGAGGGGUGCAAACGAGUCACUGGAGAGGCAGAUCACAGAGAUGGAGGAUGCUCACAAUGUGGAAGUCACAGCAAUGCAGGACACUAUCGGUCAACUGGACACUGAGCUGAGGAACCUAAAGGGGGAGAUGGCACAGCACCUGAGAGAAUAUCAAGACCUGCUCAAUGUGAAGAUGGCUCUGGACAUUGAGAUAGCUGCUUACAGGAAGCUGCUGGAAGGGGAGGAGACUCACUUCAACUCUGGGAUGUCAUUCGGAGCUUCAGCAUACAGCUACCAGGCCCGAGCCCCAGCCAGCUCCUCCAGAAGCAGCCAGCGAGACAAAGACGGAGCCAAGAAGGAAAGCCUCAAGGAGGAGGAGAAGGACGAAGCAGACAUCAACUCCAACAACUGAAGGCAGAGAUGCAGUCAGGGAAGGCGACAAAUAGAAAAUACAGUACUGCAUUACAUACGUCUUAGUAGUCAAAAUGAUGUGUGGAAGAGUCCAAAGAUCAUAGAAUUAUUCCAACUAAUGAUUUGGGAGUGAAGUGGUAAAAAUCUUACUGUAGAUUAUUUUCUUCUCAAAGCACUGGAUAUGAAUAUGAUUUAUUGAUUCCCACGGUGCAGACAUCUAAAACGUGUAGAAUAUUUUUGGACUCUUAAAAGUAUAAAGAUUAAACUAAUGUAAGGGCAGGUAUUCAAGUCACGUGUGUGUCAAAAAUUAUGUGUGAAAGUUCAGGGGAUUAACUAAAUCGACCGUUUGCCACAAAACAUGCUUUGUCACACGGCCUGUCACGAUAACAAAUUUUGCUGGUCGAUAAUUGUCCUGCAAAUUAUUGUUGAUAAUCGAUAUUGACAUUUGUUGUUUUUUCCAUUAAUUAUAGCAUGUACAUGUCAAUUUAUGGAGGCCGGCAAAAAUGAUCAACAUCUUUUUUUUUUUUUUUUUAAAUUGUUCGAUUCAUUGAUUUAUCAAUUAUCGUGACAGGCCUACUUGUCAACUAAACCAGGGGUGUCUAAACCUUUUCCAGUGAGGGCCACAUAGUGAAAAAUGAAUGGAUGCAAGGGCCACUUUGAUAUUUUCUAAAGCUAUGCUAAGACGUUAUAUAUCACUCUUUUUUUCUUAAUAUUUUGACUUCAUUGCAUUAAAAUUAUUUUUUUUCCCCAUUUCUGCUCUUUUCUCAAAUAUUUCAACUUUGUUCUUGUAAUUAUGACUUUUGACAUAUUUUGACUUUAUUCCCAUAAUACUGGAACUUUCCCCCCAAACUAACUUUCCAAAAAUGACAAUUUGACCCUCUUGGCUUCUCAUAUUAUGAGUUUAAAAAAAACAUUAAUAUUCCAACUCUAUGCUACUAAAAUGACAGCUUAUUACUUUCUUGUUAGAAUACUUUUUUUUCUUAAUAUUUUGACUUUUAUAAAAAAUGCCCCCUCCCACCCCCAACUAUUUAAAGUUUCCUCUUAUUACAUACUUUUAUACUUAUACUAUUCUUAUAACGUUUCCCGAAACCUAAUUUUCCAAAAAUGUCAACGUUUUUGUUGUUCAGAUUAUAUAUUAACAACAAAAAAAAUUGCUACUACAAUGAAGUGUAUCCUCAUAUUACGUUACUCUCGUAAAAUGUAUUUUUCUCGUUAGAUGACAACUUUCUCUUAAUUUCUUGACUUUUCCAACUCUUUCCAGUUUUCCUCUUGUAAAUCUUCUGGUAAUUAUGACUUUAUUCUCGGAACAUUCUAACUUUUCUCCAACCUAACUUUCCAACAAUUACAACUUCGUUGGUUGAUGGAUAACUUUCCGACUUUAAAAAUGAAAAUGUAAUCUUUCGACUUCAUGCAACUAAAAUGCUGUUAUUUUUCCUUAUAAAUUUACAAUGUUAUUCUCAUAAAAUUAUGAAAUUGUAGUUUAAGAAUGUGCCGCACUUUGGACACCCUGACCUAACUGCACCGAUGGGUUUCACGUUAGUGCAUAUUCGUCUUUUAAAGAGCAAACUAGACUGUGUGUGCCUGCCCUCUGCUUCGUGCUAACCCUACCUGAGAAAACCUAGUUAGAAGUGGCUGUGAAAAUACAUGUACUGUAUAACGUAGAUGUGUAGACCAUAUCAACAUGUCUGUGUGCACGUCCGCUAGCUUUAGGCAUCAGUGUCCACCCCUGCUUACCAAGUCAUUUGCUCUGACUGGUGGAACGAACCAAAUAAAAAGCUGAAUAA